UUGCCAGUUUGAAGAAGCAAACAUUCCGGUGCAUGAUUCAGAUACAGAAAACAAGAAGAGAAGCCGAAGCACAAAGACAAAGCUCCGUCAACUGAUAAUGGCACCAUAGUUCGUUCGUAUCAACACUCCACACUUACUACUCCUUCAACGCUCUCUUCUCUUCAAAACAUGCGCUCCAAGAACAGAAUCUCUUACUUUUACGACGGUGAUGUGGGUAGUGUUUACUUUGGGCCGAACCAUCCCAUGAAGCCUCAUCGGCUUUGCAUGACUCAUCAUCUUGUUCUCUCGUAUGAUCUUCAUAAGCAGAUGGAAGUUUAUCGCCCACACAAGGCUUAUCCUGUUGAGCUUGCCCAGUUUCAUUCCGCUGAUUAUGUUGAGUUUUUGCACAGGAUUACGCCUGACACUCAGCACUUGUUCUCAAAUGAACUAGCAAAAUAUAAUCUCGGAGAAGACUGCCCUGUAUUUGACAACUUAUUUGAAUUUUGUCAGAUUUACGCUGGUGGAACUAUAGAUGCUGCAUGUCGAUUGAACAAUAAACUGUGUGAUAUUGCUAUAAACUGGGCUGGUGGGCUACAUCAUGCUAAGAAAUGUGAAGCCUCUGGAUUUUGUUACAUCAAUGACUUAGUUUUAGGGAUAUUAGAGCUUCUUAAACAUCAUGCCCGUGUUUUAUACAUUGAUAUAGAUGUGCACCAUGGAGAUGGUGUAGAAGAAGCCUUCUACUUUACUGACAGGGUGAUGACUGUCAGUUUUCACAAGUAUGGAGAUAUGUUCUUUCCAGGAACUGGUGAUGCUAAGGAAAUAGGAGAAAGAGAAGGAAAGUUUUAUGCCAUAAAUGUCCCACUCAAGGAUGGAAUUGAUGACUCUAGCUUCACUAGACUUUUCAAGACUAUUAUAUCUAAAGUAGUUGAAACAUAUCAACCUGGUGCAAUAGUUCUCCAGUGUGGAGCUGAUUCACUUGCUGGAGAUCGCUUAGGCUGCUUCAAUCUCUCUAUUGAUGGCCAUGCUGAAUGUGUUAGAUUCGUGAAGAGAUUUAAUUUGCCCUUACUGGUCACUGGAGGUGGAGGAUACACAAAAGAAAAUGUUGCUCGAUGUUGGACAGUUGAAACUGGAGUUCUUCUUGAUACGGAACUUCCAAAUGAGAUCCCAGAGAAUGUUUAUAUUAAAUAUUUUGGACCAGACUUCUCAUUGAAGAUUCCACAUGGGCACAUAGAAAAUUUAAAUAGCAAAUCCUAUCUUAGCACUAUAAAAAUGCAAGUCUUGGAAAACCUGCGCUGCAUCCAACAUGCUCCGAGUGUACAAAUGCAAGAGGUCCCACCUGACUUCUACAUUCCCGAGUUUGAUGAAGAUUUGCAGAACCCUGACGAGCGCAUUGAUCAGCACACUCAAGACAAGCACAUCCAGCGGGACGAUGAAUAUUAUGAAGGUGACAAUGACAACGAUCAUCAAAUGGAUAUUGCAUGAUGUUAGCCCCCAGAUAUGUGCAUCCUUUUACUUUGAGAGCGACCCUUAUAAGAGACAAGGAAAAUGUGACUAGAUAGAAACACCUAGUUUGUAUCAAGAAAGCAUUACGGGCCAACCUCAAGACUUGUGUACAUUUGUUAGAUCUUUUGUUAUUAUUUUGUAUAUUUGCUUUUAAUAUCAUUUUGUGUCGUUUGAACCAAUGCCAUUUUCUGUUGAAGUGAACUUGUGCCCUAGACAUUAGCUAUAUUCUAGAUAGUAAGUACUAAGAAAAUGCAUAACAUUGGUAUCUGAAUGGGAAAAGUUUUUCGUUCAUAAUCA